AUGUGGACCGAUGAUCACAUGUGCCAGCAGCACCUGGCCCACGGGCCUCCAGUCUGUGACCCAUUUGUGCUUACUGCAGAGGAUUGUAUCAAGCUGAAAGGCUUAUAUUCAGCAAAGAAAACAGUGAAGAGACAGCCUACAGAACGGAAGAAAGUAUCUGAACUCUUCAUCUGGCAAGGCUUAAGUAUCUCCUCCAGACCCCUCCCCACUGGCCUCCUCCCUUCCACGUGCGAGCUGGGCAGGGAAGGGAGCGCCCCGUCAGUAUUGCGCCCCCUCUGCGGCUGUCCGGGGCCGCGCAGUGGCCAAAGCACAGUGCAGGAGAGUCUGCGCUCCUUUGCCAACUGCUGUGAGGCCGGCGGGUGGGUAAUGCACCCGGGCUGGUCGGGGGCAGGCAGCGUGCCGCCCUCCCGUAAGCCUCGACCUCCCUGGGCGGCUCCUGCGCUAUCCGCGGUGCUCAUCGUCACCACUGCCUUGGACGUUGUGGGCAACCUCCUGGUGAUCCGCUCGGUACUCAGGAAUCUCAAGCUCCAGAACGCAGGUAAUUUGUUCUUUGUGAGUCUGGCGUUGGCUGACUGGUGGUGGCCUUGUACCCCUAACCCGCUAAUCCUCGUGGCCAUCUUCUAUGAUGACUGGGCCAUGGGGGAGGAGCACUGCAAGGCCAGCACCUUUGUGAUGGGCCUCAGCGUCACCGGCUCCGUCUUCAACAUCACCGCCAUCACCAUUAACUGCUACUGCUACAUAUGCAGUGUGGCCUACCACUGAAUCUACUGGCACUGGCACACUCCUCUACACAUCUGCCUCAUCUGGCUUCUCACUGUGGUCACCUUGCUGCCCAACUUCUUUGUGGGGUCCCUGGAGUAUGACCCACGCAUCUACUCCUGCCCCUUCUUCCAGACGGCCAGCACCAGGUACUCUGCAGCAGUGGUGGUCAUCCACUUCCUCCUCCCCAUCGCUGUCAUGUCCUCCUGCUUCCUGUGCAUCUGGAUACUGGUGCUCCAGGCAUGCAGGAAAGCCAAGCCAGAGAGCAGGCUGUGCCUGAGGCCCAGCGACUUGCGGAGCUUUCUAACCAUGUUUGUGGUGUUUGUGAUCUUUGCCUUCUGCUGGGCCCCACUUAACUGCAUCGGGCUCACUGUGGCCAUCAACCCUCACUAAAUGGCUCCCCAGAUCCCUGAGGGGCUAUUUGUCACUAGCCACUUACUGGCUUAUUUCAACAGCUGCCUGACUGCCAUUGUCUAUGGGCUCCUGAAUCAGAACUUCCACAGGGAGUACAAGGGGAUCCUCUCGGCACUUUGGAACCCAUGGUACUGCAUUCAGAAUGCUUUCAAGGGCAGCCAUGCAGAGGGGCUACAGAGCCCAACUCCACACAUCACUGGUGUGCAGCAACCGGCCCAGGCACAUGCUCUCUAG